UCGGUGGAACCAAACGAAUCCCACUAACACACUCGACGGGCGUGUGCGUGUGUGUGUGUUUCCUUGCGCGCGCGUGUGUGUGUCGUGUGUAUGUGUGCGCGAGUGUACGUGGGUGGCGUUGUAUGUAGGUGAAGCAGAAGGAGGUGGAAGUCGCGUGUGGAAUCGCGCCCAUCGUGUCCGCUGUGUAGCCCCGAGUUGGCGUGUAUAUCGAAUCACCAAGUCCGGUAUCCUUUAAGUUCCUCGAGUACACCCGGUUUGGGAUCUCGAAGGUGGUGUUAAAGGCGCGACUUCAUACGUGGUGCUUGAGUGCGUUUGUUUUUCCGUUUCCAUUUCGUUGUUCUCGCAGCGUAUCCUUUUUUUUUCGACCCGCGAAGCGAUCUCGCGAAGUCAGUGCAAACACGCGACAAGAAGUGGGAAGUGUAGUAAAGGGCGUGAAAGGAAAUCACCCACAACGCGCGGAAGAUAGGAAGUGUUUGCGUGCCGCCCUGCCUGCUCACCGACACAUGACAGUGUGUGUGUGCACGUGGUGGAAAUAGAGCCAGGAUACGUAUCUGUCGUGUGAUCAGCUUUGACCGCCGCAUCCUAGGUACAUCGCGUCUGGGAGGUCCUUGCACCACCCGCCAUACAUCGGCACCGCAACGGAAGCCCCGGGCGUACCGUCACUUCCCCUGCGCCAACGCUUGCAAGGCCCGCGAGGACACCGGUAGCAGGAGUCACUCUUCCGGAGCUCCCCGAACACCGACCCCCGAAACCUUCCGGCGACGUUCGGAGGAAAACCCGCGGCUACGGUCACAAUCACAAUCUUCCAAGGAGGGUAUCCUCUGUCCGGGAAGUGCAGCGCGCCGUACACGUCGUUGCAUGGUGUUCGAGUGCCGAUAAAAGCAAGCAACAGCAGCCUAAGAAGUCGAGUACGAGAGUCCAGGGAAGAGAACCAGCAGAGAAAAUCAACCGGAUUCAAGGAUGGAUUGCAAAGGGAUUUCGCGCUGCUCGACGCUAGUCGUGCUAUUCUUAGUCACCCUAGUAAAUGCACAAAACACAGGUGCUCGCAAACGGGAUUUGAACAAUCUGUAUCAAGUGAUCUAUUACGGUGACUCGCAGGUCGAGGUCGGCAAACCGUUCUCGAUCUCGUGCAUCAUCAGCAUCGCCAAUCCGAUCGAGUGGCACAAAGACGGUGAACCAAUCCGGAAACACAGCAACAUACGCCACGGCAAGGACGAGCACAGUUACAUCGAAAAUGAGAUGGGCAUCUCAGGGAUACGGGAUAAGGUCGAGGCAUCGAUCAGCGUGCAACGAGCACUGCCGAAGCACCAGGGCAAGUAUCAGUGCAACGCGCUGUAUAAAAACUACCACCAGCUUUACGUGUACCGAAACGGAACGUUACUCGGGAGUCACACAAGCUCGGCCGAAAAGCGUCACGAGGAAGUACCACUCGUUCUUGGUACAGCCAGGUCCACCCUAAUGGUGCCGCUGUCAGGUGAACAUCACCAUUUCACAACGGCCGUAGCACUUGCGCCAGGUCCAUCGGUCAUUGGUGAUGAUUUUCCCGGCGGUGAUGGACCUUCGGAACGGGAACGGGAGUCCGUUCCGAAAUCGACUGGUCACAGUCCGCAUCAUCACCGGCAGCAAGCGGUACCACCGGUAACUACUGCAGCAGGACCAGGCCAUCGACAUCACGCUCAAGGUGGCGGAGGAGUUGCCAGUGCUGGCGAGAAAAAGCUCUCACAGCAGCAGCAGCAGCACAAUGCCGCCGGUAAAGAAGACUCGAAGCGGUUCGUCAGUCAAAAGACCACGAUAGAGCAGGACUUGCUGCCCGCCGAGGAGGUGCUUGAGCAAACGGUGCAGGAACUGGAGAGCCUUCCGCCGGCGAUACGUGUCGAUAAGCCGUCCUCAGUAGGGCGAAGCUCGGUGGCCACAAAGCCGAAGCACUCUUCAGCAGGUCGACUGCAGCCUCCACCGCCGUUGAUAGAAACGCGCGAAGACGAAGAGGACGAUGAGGAUGCUGAGGAUGAUGAAGAAGAUGCCGGAGGAUCUGAGCGAACAGGAGAGCAAGGAAUUGGAUUAGUUGAGGGUGCAGAAACGCCAGCAGAGGGCCCGAAACUCGACCCAGCGCAGAGCGUCGAAGAGCUCGUUGAACCAGAUACCGAAAUCGUUAUCGAGAGCAAGGCGAUCUCGCUGGAAGAUGAUAACAUCGAUAGGCUGAUUCAGAACAAGAGCGACAUCAACGGUAUCAUUCUGGUGGACAGUUUAGAGGAAUUGCCUCGGAAAACGGUCGAGGACGAUGAAGUUCUCGCUGCCAACACCGCGCUCAUGACUCUUCCUGCUACGAUCGUGCCGGUGAUAAAGAUCGGUAAUAUGUCCGUGGUGCCAACGGUUCAGCAUCAAGCAGCAACGAAAACUGCAGAUUCGUCCUCGACCGGCUCUACGCUUUCUGGAGCAGGCGAACAGGAUACUACUGCCCAUCAUCAUCACCAUCAUCAUCGGGAGCAUCAUACCACAGCGGCCAUUGCUGCCGCCACAUCGACUACUGGGGCUGCUACUCCACCUAUCACUAUCACCACCUCCACCACUACCAUUACCACUACUUCUUCCACAACCACCACAACUACAACGGCGGCUACUCCCACAACCACUGCUGCCGAUGUUCUGAAGCCUAACUACGACCAUCCCAGCACUAAUUUAAAAGUAUUCGAUAUAGCAAAAUCUGUGACGCUCGGUUGUAACGUUACACAGGAGGGAGUCUAUGAUUUACAUUGGGCAAAAGACGGUAAAAAUGUAAGUGAACACGAAUCGCUGAAAGAUCGCUUUAAGAUACUGUCGGCGGAGCGAAAGUUCAUCAUCAGUCGGGCGUUGGAGACCGAUGCCGGACAGUACACCUGUAGCGUACCACAAUUGGGUGUAUCCAAAAGUUUUACCGUAGUUGCUAAUGUUGUUGUUAAAUUUGAAAGCACAGAAAUAGGCAAAACUAACAUAGUGGAAGGAGAAACGCUGACGCUUCACUGUAUAGCUUUCGGAACGGAUCCCAAAAUUACAUGGAAAGUUGGCAACAAUACUUACAACGCGUCGACAGAUCACAUCGUACUGCAGGAGGACGAAAGGGGCGUGGAAAAUGCGAAGCUUAUCAUCGAAAGCAUAAGGCUCGGCGACUACGGCGAAUACACCUGUGAGGCGCGCAAUAAUGCCACCGACUUCACGGGCAAGCCGGCCCAGGUUAUGAUUCACGUUAGAAUUAGAGGAAAAUAUGCCGCGCUUUACGUGUUCCUUGGUAUCAUCGUGGAAGUUGUUCUAUUAUGUGCGAUUAUUUUAAUAUGCGAAAAAAGACGUAACAAGACAGAGAUCGAGGAGAGUGAUACUGACCAGAGUCCCGACCAAAACAAGAACGGCUACCACGGUAAUGAAUCCGAACUACGCCAAAGAAAGUAGAGCCAAGUAUGCGCGCAUGUUCGGGCGCACGUUUGGCACGGGCGUGGGAUGAGCCAAAACAGAUACAGCAGCCCCUUAGACGCUGCUGGCGCUUUAACUUUUUGUUUCGUUAGCGAUUCGUUCCUGGCAGACACGAACGUAUGGAUGUGUUUCCCUACGAUUCAUCCGGGUUGUGUCCUUUCUUUUUUUUUGAAUCCCUACGUUACGCCUGAAUCUUAAAUACACCUCUACUAACCUUUGCACCACCUCAACCACCGAUGAGCAGCAGUAGCAGCCAGCAGGACACCGAGUUUGAUUUUGCAUUAAACAAAAUAUCUACAUUUACCCUCACGCUUGCUGUUUGAGCGCGCGCUCCUCCUUGCAACCAGCCGCUAGAUAACAGCAGCGAUAGCCGACGUAUCCACCAUAACAAACCGACUCUGCAGUCCGUGCAGUGUCUCCAUCUUGUUAGGGCGACGAAGUUUGUGCCGUCCCGUCGUUGAUGUACAGGCGAAUGACGAAAAGCUAACCCUUAUUAUCCCCACGGUAGAUUGCGCGCAGGGUGAUAGGGCGCGAGAAGAACUUAAGCUAUUCGGAAAGCGAUGUAUGAUAGUUUAGUUUAGUUUGUGUUUCUUUUCCAUAUCCUUUCGAAUAUAUCCUUUUCUUUCAUGUUCACCAAUCUAUUCUAGCGCAUAGUAGAAUAGUACGCCUUACUCGACCAUGCGCCCCCAUGCGCUGUUGCAUUAAACCCUGUUGUUGAAGUAUGUUAAUAUUGUCAGUAUUUUAAAAACCGAAGCGCAGCAGAGAAUCGAUUAGCCAGCAAUUACACAAGGGUAGCGCCACCAAGCUGUGUUUAGCAUCGAUACGAAUCUCAAUAAAAUGGAUUUCAUUCUUCUAAC